AUGGAGACAAGGCUUAUUCUGAAAGCAUCAAGCUUCAUUUUUCUUCUUAUCCUUGGAGUUCCAACAAACCUCACUGUCCUGAUGUCAUUUUUUUUCAUAGGGAUUUCUGGUAAUAAAAUCAUGACUGCAGACAUUAUUCUAAUAAAAUUAUCAUUUGUGAACCUUACCGUUGUCAUUUCAAGAGCUUUGCCACCACUUAUGACAACCAUAAGCCAACAGAAACUAUUUAAUGACCAUCUCUGCAAAUUUAUUAUAUUUGUUUAUCGUGUCUUCCGAGCAAUGUCCAUAUGUAUAACAGCUGUUCUGAGCUGUUAUCAGUGCAUUGUUCUUUUGCCUCACUCAUCCAGGUGGGUAACCUUAAAACAAAAAAUUUCCCAAAACAUUUUGGUCAUCUUCUUAAUCCUUUGGAGCAUUAACUCUAUAAUUGAUAUUCCUGGAGGGUUAAUAUAUAUUUUUUCUGAUGUGAACUCAACCAUUCCUAAAUAUACACUUAACUUGGAAUAUUGUUUUAUAAUUUUUCCUCACAGCUUUGCAUAUGUAGCUAACGGGGCUACUUACACUUUACGUGACUUUUUAUUUGUUGGACUCAUGGCAUCAGCCAGUGGUUAUAUUAUCACAAUUCUACAGAGGCACAAAAAACAAGUUCAGAGCAUCAGAAGUCCAGUGCAAAACCAAGUAAACAGUGCAGAAACUAGGGCAGCUAAAGCUGUGGUUGUGCUGGUUACAGUGUAUAUUAUAUUGUUUGGAAUUGAUAAUAUCAUGUGGAUUUAUACUAUAACGGUGUCCAAUGUCGCUCCUGUUGUUUCUGAUGCUCGUGUAUUUUUUACUCUAUUCUAUGCUGCUGUCAGCCCUAUAAUCAUAAUUGGGACAAACAAAAAAAUUCAACUCGCAUUGAGAUGCAUAUCUCUUGAAAAUAAGAAAAAAAGUAAAUAUUCUGAUAGUUAA